CAUGGCUAACAUCUCACCCUCGCCUGUGAAGGACUGUUACCUUUGCUCUUUUUCUUUAAAAGACUCGGUUGUUUUAAGAUGCUGUCACAGUUUGUGUAAAAGCUGUUUAUACAGCUAUUGGGAGUUCAACAAGACUUUGGGUUGUCCUGUUUGUUUAAAGGAGACUCACUGUUCUGUGCUUCUGCAGUAUCUGAGUGUUUCCUGCUUUGCCACAGUGCGUAAAUUCUCUCAUGACAGCAAUGCAAAACCAAACCAUGCUAGGAAAGCAGAAACUGUGAUGAGGGAGCAGUCAGGUGAAACCAGGGACGAGGACGUAGAUGCAGAUGUGAUGCUACAUGACGUUAUUCCUACAACAAGUGAAUCUGAAGAGGAACCUCAUCCACCACCCACAGCUACAUCAAAAUCAUUGAGGUCCAACCUGUGUCCAAAAUGCGGCAAGAGAUUCGAAAAAAAAUCUGACCUGAGAGCUCACGAAAAAGUGCACGUCUUAAGAAAGCCAUAUCAGUGCUUUACCUGUGAAAAGAGUUAUGCUCGUAAAGCUGAGCUCACAUUACACAUGCGUCUGCACACAGGUGAGAAGCUGUUUAACUGCCCUCACUGUGAGAAAAAGUUCACCAGAGAGAAAUGUUUGAAGUUACACUUAAGGAGCCACACAGGGGAAAAGCCGUUCUUUUGUUCUCAAUGUGGGAUACGUUUUUCUCAAAAAAGUGCCCUAAAAAAUCACCUGCGGUUGCAUGCAGGAAAUCUGCCUUAUCAGUGUGAUCAUUGCGGGAAGCUUUUUAACAGUGCAGAUGCUAGGAGGAUCCACAAGUUGACCCACACAGGAGAGAAGCCUCUUCCAUGUCCACAAUGUGACAAAAAGUUUAUCCGAAAGGAUGAGCUGAAGACUCACCUGUAUAGCCAUUCAGGGAUCAAACCAUUCAGCUGUUCAGUGUGUGGGAAGAGUUUCGUAACGAAGCAGGUACUUAACACUCAUCAGGUUGUUCACAAGGACGACCGCCCCUUUCACUGCACGCAGUGCGAGAAAAGCUUCAAAAGGAUGAGCCAUCUGACAUCACACAUAAAGACCCACAGCUCUGACACCCCUUACAAGUGCACCUACUGCAGCAAAUCCUUCAAACUUCCCUUCUACCUAAAACUGCACACGCGUAUUCACAGUGAAGAGAAGCCUUACAGCUGUGAACAGUGUGGCAAAAGCUUUUAUUCAUACAGGGAUCGCACUAGACAUCAGGUGAUUCACUCAGAGGAAAAACGGUACAAGUGCUCAAUUUGUGAUAUGAGGUUUCGCUUCAACAGUUCGCUGAAGAAACACAAAGUCGUUCACUCUGAGGACAAACCUUACCACUGUGAGAAGUGUGGAAAGAGCUUUAACAGACUCGAUUACCUGAAAAACCACAAGGUGAUUCACACUGAUGCAAGACGUUAGUGUUCUCAAUGUGAUUUGGCCUUCAAGACUUCAAAUUCGCUCAGGUUACACAAAAUGAUUCACUCCAAGACCCUGCUACACUGCAGCAUCUGUGACAAAACCUUCACUCGACAAAGAUCCUUCAAAAUUCAUCAAGAUGUUCAUGCAGGGAUUCAAGUCUACAAAUGCUCUGAGUGUGGAAAAUGCCUGAGCUCGGCAAGUUGCUUGAAGCUGCACAUGCAGCAACACUUCGGUAAGAAAAUGUACCACUGUGCUGAAUGCGAGAAGAGUUUCAGCUCAGUGGCAUACCUGAGGAAGCACCAGAAGAUGGUGCACAUUGACGAAAAGCCAUACGUCUUUUUCGACGGCUUUAAUAAUACUGAAGGAAAACUGGUUACUCACCAACUACAACAUUUGGGAGAAAUUAAGCAUGAGAUCAACUCUGAGAAAAGAGACCUCAGUAAUUCUCUAAAUGUGGAACAUAUUUGAUCGUCCAAAACAAAUAAUACAUCAUUAGUGGAAACAAAUAGCAAGUAUAAUACGUAACAUUUUUUUUUACAGAUAUUGAUUUGCUUAGUUUUUAUAUGCAAGUAAUUUAAUUAUGUGUACUAAAUGUUCAUAUAAUUUCAUACACAUUUGUGUUUUACAAGUACUUUUACGUGUUUUUUAAGUGCCCUAAUGAUUAAUUGAAAGGUAGUUACUUUUUAGAAGUCAACUUUUAAAAAUAACUUUGUCUGUGUUGCUUCACUGCUUAUUCUUGCCAUACUUCUGUUGCCAAACUGCGCUUGCAUACAUUGCCUCGUCUUCAUUGUGUACAAACAGUAAAAGGGUCUAUUGAUCUAAGCUGUUUAUAAAUUCAUACAGCUUUGCUUUAGUAAAAAAAAUUUCCUUCGCUGUUAACUUCAACCCACUGUUCACUCUCCAUUAGGAAAUAGGUAUGGUUUCUAAAUUUGUUUAAAAUGAAAUGUAUUAAAAGCUCAGCU